ACAGAAACUUAUCAUUUCCAUAUCCUUCUACUUCAUGAAGCCAGCCUGGCCGCUUGUCGUCUCAGGUAGACGGACGUAUGUUACCUUCGCUACGGUAACAAAAGAUUUGACCACCAUUCACUCCCUCCAUGGCGUGGAUCAUCUUACCCCAGGCGCUCAUGGGACUACUCUCCAAAGAAAGCCAGUCCUUGAUCUCUUUCCAGGAUUGGCCCCUGUUUAAUCUGCCCCUUCGACCGGAGUCUCCUCCGCGCCGUUACUGCAAUUCUACUGGCUCAAAAAAAUAUGGAAAAGGCAGAGAGAGGGUGAGAAGCACUAUUCCCACACAUCUCCACUCACCUUGAAUCAUCAUCGCUAUCGAACCCCGGCCCCAGCUCCGUCUUCGUGAAAG